AUGUGCGGCAUCAGGGUAUUCCUACAAAAAAUCCUGAUCCUUCUGCAUGUUACUGCAUGUGUUGUCGUCGGCAAAACACUGAUGAUGCUGUUCCCCAGCACCAUGAAAAGAUACAUCCUAAAAAUGGGCGAAAAAAGCAGAAUGAAUCAGAAUCCGAAGUUCAGCUAUGAAAACUGGGGCCCGACUUUUUUCAGCUUCAAGUAUCUGCUCUUUGUGCUGAAGGUGAAGUGGAAGAGGCUGGAGGAUGAAGCCCACGAGGGACAUCCUGCUCCCAACACGCCAGUGGUGACUCUCAACGGGGAAGUUCACCAUCUCUUUGACUUCAUGCAAGAUAACCGCCCUUUAAUCCUGAAUUUUGGAAGCUGCACCUGACCUUCGUUUAUGUUAAAAUUUGAUGAGUUCAACAAGCUCGUCAAAGAUUUCGGCUCUAUAGCAGAUUUCCUUAUCAUCUACAUCGAAGAAGCUCACGCA